UGUUAGAACAGAAUCCACAAGUCCGUGGUCUACCGCAGCGACGCUCACUACUACUCCAGCCACCGACUGAGAGAGAAAGAGAGAGAGGGAGACAGAAAGAGAGGAAGAGAACAUGAGGCUGCUUGGUGUACUGGUGGCCGCUCUACUCCUCGCCACCGCCGCCUCGGUACCGGUGUACAACAAGAGGUCCCCGCGGUACUGUGGCAGAGACUUUUUAAGAUUCGUGGCCCGAACCUGCGCGCGGUCGAAGCGGUCCUCCUGGGCGGCAGACGAAGGACAGGGCUGGGGAGGAGACCCUCGCCUGCCACUGCUGACGGGUCUGACCAAACACCAUGACCAGACUGGAUACCAUGUGGACAGAUUGGCGUUCCCAGCAGGCAGAAGACCGGAAGUCGCCCACCACGUGACCAGGAAACGGUCCGGACUGGCCUACUACUGCUGCGAGAGGGGGUGUUCUCACGACGACGUCGCCUCCAUCUGCUAAUAACAACCCUGCAAUAAUAGAACUAACAUACAGGACUCGUGGGGCGGAAGAAGAACUCAAUCGACAAGCAAAAAAACGGACAAUGGAGAAAAGAAAUAAGUGGGAUAUGAACGGAGAAACCGACCUCAUGCAUGAUCGAUACUUUAACGGACAAGAUUGAUUAAUUGAUUGAUUGAUUGAUUGAUCAGCUGUUUUUGCAAUAGGUUGCCAUAGAAACUGUGACCAGAAUUGAUUUAUUGAUAGUAUAAGAUGAUAGUUUGGAAAAAGCACAGGAAAACAGAGGUAUCGUAAUAAAAAUGUUUAUUUUA